UUGUAAUCAAUUAUUUUUGUAACAUUUGUUGAAGUUAUGGCAUCUACAAAGCUUUCCUUAUUGAUUGGUCUAUUUUGUUUCCUUGCAUGGCUUGGAAACCUAUCGACGAUUGAGGCAACUGGUGAAGAAUACCAAUGUGAUCAAGUAUCACCUGAAAGUUUGGAGUGCACAGAAGUUACCAGCAACCUUCCAUUCUUUGAUCAUGUUAUAGUUAUCAUGAUGGAAAACACUGGAAGACCCAACAUAACGGGAAACAAAAAGUACAUGCCAUAUAUCAAUGAGUUGAUUGAAACCGAAAUGUAUGCAGAUCAUUAUCAUGGCUACACUAAUCCCAGUUUGCCAAACUAUAUUGCUAUUACUGCUGGUUCCCAAUACUGGUCCUUUUCGGACAAUCCAGAUCAGGUCUUUCCACAUACCAAUAUUGCUGAUCUUUUAGAAGAGAGAGGAAUGACAUGGAAGAGUUAUGCACAGUCUUUACCUUAUACUGGUUAUCUAGGCUAUACCUAUCCUGAUGAUUAUGCAGCUGUUUACGUUAAGAAACAUGUUCCAUUUGCCUUUUAUCCUCAAAUUACGAGCAAUGCCAGUCGGCUUAAGAAUAUUGUACCUUAUGAAGAGAUUCUAAAGGAUCUCGAGCAAGGAACACUUCCCAGCUAUAGUUUUAUAACUCCUGAUGUUUGCCACGAUAUGCAUGGACAGUAUUCAUUGCACGUGGAAUACGAAUCUUCUAUUCCAGAAGGAGGACCUUCAGACAAAUAUUGUCCCUUCAAUGAUUACUACUUUUUAUGGAAGAAUGGAGACAACUUUGUGAAAGGAGCCAUUACCAAUAUCACCCAGUCCAAAGUCUGGAAAGAGUCGAAUUCAGUUAUAUUCCUUACUUGGGAUCAAGCUGAAGUGGACUUUAAUAAAUCGACAGAUGGUUGGCAAUAUGUGACCGCGGGGCCUGAUUCUCCUGUUCUAUUUCCGGGAACUGUAUUGUUACCUGCUGGUGGUGUUUAUGGUGGUGGUCCUGUACCUUUGGUUGCCUUAUGGAGUAAGAAACCUCAUCAUCAUGUUGUCUAUCAUGAGUCGAGCAAUCAUUUGUUCACACUCAAGACAAUACUUAAGGCAUGGAAUUUGCCUUUGUUGGGUUUCACUACCGAUGCAAUGCAAAUCAAAAGCUUUGAUAGUUUCUUCCAGUGAUCUUUGCUGCUUGGAAUAAAUAUUUGUAUUCGUGU